UUUGUCCUGUCAGUAGAUAUUUUGUCAAGAGUAACAAUGUGAAAAUAAACUAAAAUCCCAAGAGUAAAACAUUUUUUAUUAUAAAUGUACAAUAAACGUUGGGAACUCUCAUCGUUAUAAAAACGAAUUUAUUCUAAAUUUUUGCAAGAUGCUACGUUGCUCUUACGGUUCAUUAAAGCUGAUUUUCAAGGGCUGGCCUAGGCCCGGCAUGCUGAGGCCUGGCCAGCCCCACCGUGGCUACAAGAACUUCGUCUUGUCGAAGGCACUAGCUCAGAUUGAAAAGGAAUGCGACAGAUUCUGUCCCGUGCCUCGGUUCCCGGCGCAGAAGGUCACAGUUAUAGGAGCAGGCAGUGAUGUCGGCCGCAUCGCAUGUUUGUUUCUGAAGCAGCAGAAGGUUAUCCGAACAUUGGCCAUGUACGAUGACAUCCCGGAUCGCUGCGUCCUCGGCGUGGCUAACGAUAUCGCUCACAUUGAUACCAGCCCUGAAGUCGAGGCUUACCAAGGACGCAUGUUCCUUAGGGAUGCGUUGCAUGACGCAGACGUGGUCCUGAUCUGCGGCGGCGCGUACCUCCUGCCGCCGUGCUGCAACACGCUGGACCGCGACCUCUUCUUCCAGAACAUGCAGCUCGUCCGCACCGUCACGCUUGCUAUCGCUCAGUUCUGUCCAGAGGCUAUCGUCGCUUUACAGACCCCGCCCGUUGAUUGUAACUUUGCGUUAUGUUUGCACACGUUAAAGAUGGCUGGUGUAUACAGCCGACGUCGCGUGCUCGGUGUGAACGCUGUUAACGCGAUGCGCGCCAACCAACUGUUCUGUGCUAUCACGGGAGCUGACCCUGCCACGAGCACCUUACCUGUCGUAUGCGGCACUGGACGCUGUACCCGAGUACCUGUCUUCUCCGCUGGUAAAGCUGCGAAUUUCCCUCAAACCCAAACGGACUGCUUGACGCGGCUGGUGCGUGAAGCUGACGAGAUCAUCUGUAAAGUGAAGAGUAACAACGAACAGGGACAUCUGUCCAUAGGGUUCUCCACGGCGAGAUUCGUCAUCAAUGUCAUGAAAGGUCUAUUCGAGAAGCCAACCUUCAUAGACAGUGCUUUAGUAGAGCAAGAUAAUCCGGAGAAGUGUUACAACAUGCAGAUCUGUGCAACGCCCGUCACGGUCGGUAAGGGCGGCAUCGUCGAGUACGCGGUGCCGACCCUCAACGAAGCUGAACAGAGACUCUUAGAUGAAAGCAAAUGUGACUUGGAAGACAUGCUGAACCUCGGCCGUUGCUAUGCAUGCGGCGAUGAGUACUACCUCCACCCAUGCAAGGUCGCCAACCCGCCCCCGCCGUGCCCCAACUGCGAAACCUGCAAGCCGAAGAAAGCUGAUGCGAACUAAGAAUGGAUGAGGGUCUACCAUAACAUCUUCAAUUGACGUUAUAAUGGUUGAGGAAACGGGACAGCGCGAUACUCUGCGUAGAUUGGCAUCUCUCUUCCACACCCGCCAUAUUAUUGCUUUAAGACAU